GGGGGGGUCCGUGUAUUAUGGCUGGCUGGACGCCAAAGCGGGACUUUUGACUGACCGGCCGGGACUACGGGACAAGACGUUGAAAAGUGGGACUGCCCCGCCUAAAUCGGGACGUAUGCGCUCUACAGCAGCGUUAAAAUUUGUACGUUUAUAAUUAUGCCUGACUUUGCUCUGAUUUUUGCUGUUUUGUCAUUAUUAGUUACUUCAGUGGCAACCGACGAAAAUAGACAUGCUUGCAGCUCUUCACCACAUAUUAUUGUACCAUACGAGACCGGGAUACUCACUAAUGCAUCGAACUUGAAUGAAUGUUACUGGACAAUACAUCCUACACCUUUUCCAUAUUUCAAGGUUAAAUUAGAUAUACGAUAUUUAGAAGAACCUAGCCAACAUAGUCAACCCGAGCAGAGGGGAAGUAUCAAACUUGGAACAGUUGAACUCAAAACUGCCUCUGAAGUCUGUUAUGAUAACUGUCAUAAUGACGAGGUCCUCAUAUCUGGCUGUGACGUUGCGGAAAUAUACAAUUUUGAUGUAAUCGCAUCAAUCGUAUACGAAAAGGGUUUAGAAAAUGGAAUCGAGAUACAUUACGUAACAGAACCAUGUUCAAAAAUUCCAGGAACAACUGCAGCUGAAACGAGUGCGAGCUAUGGGGCUUCGAUAGCAACAACGACAACGAUAAGCUCAACGCUUGCUUUGAAAACAACCAAUUUGAAAAUAUUUCAAAAUCAAACUACGAAUUUUACACCAAGCAAUUAUUAUUCGUCAUCGUCGACAAAAGAAAAUUUCGAACAACUUAAUCUAAUGUCACCAUAUGUAAUUGGUGCAAUCGUUUUAGCGAUCGUAAUUCUACUAUUGAUACUCAGUUUAUUGAUACUGUGUAUAUCAAGAAAACGACAGAAUUCAGUAAAGGAGCGAAAUACAAACAUUGAUUUGUCCUCAAACGCAGAAACAAUUGAUAACGUUUUAUAUGAAGCAUGUGGUAACAACUUCGAAAAAGAAGUUAAAGAUAAUGUGUUAUAUGAAUCUUACAUAGAAAAUAAAUGAUGGACUUCAAACGUGUUGUAAAACUUUUGUAUCGACACAAAUAUACUAUACAAAUUUUUUACACUGAUUAUGAUUUGUAUCAUAGCAUUAUUUAUAGGAAUGAUUGCACUGCAUUCAUUGUUUGUACCCCAUAGUCCAGCAAACGAAAUAUCUUAUUUUAAUGCAUGUCGAGUGACACUAUACUGCAUAGCCAUAAUUGAUUGAUUACUUUCAGUUUUUUUUUAAUAAAAGGUAUCGUUAUUUGUUUCUCCAUGUAAA